AAAAUCAACGACACCUCGCACAAACUGAUCCACCAGAAGUCGCUCCUUGCCGAGGCGAUCGCCAACGCCGAGGGACUUUUCAAGAACCUGACGGGGUGCGUCAAGGAGCUGAAGCAGGUCUACAGGUCCCUGGAGGUCUCCGAGGACGCCGUGGCGGAGCGGACCAACAUCAUCCGACAUUUGGACAACCUGGUGCGAGGCUUUGAGCGACUGUUUAGGCUGGACAUGCAUCCACGGUCCAUGGCCUGCCUGCUUGCUUGUCCACGGUCCAUUGCCUGCCUACUUGCUUGUCCGCGGUCCAUUGACUGUAUACUUGCUUGUCCACGGUGCAUUGCCUGUAUACUUGCUUGUCCACGGUCCAUUGCCUGUCUACUUGCUUGUCCACGGUCCAUUGCCUGUCAACUUGCUUGUCCACGGUCCAUUGCCUGCCUACUUGCUUGUCCACAGUGCAUUGCCUGCCUACUUGCUUCUCCACGGUGCAUUGCCUGUCUACUUGCUUGUCCACGGUCCAUUGCCUGCGUAUUUGCUUGUCCAUUGCCUGUCUACUUGCUUGUCCAUGGUGCAUUGCCUGCCUACUUGCUUGUCCGCCUACUUGCUUGUCCACGGUCCAUUGCCUGUCUACUUGCUUGUCCACGGUCCAUUGCCUGCCUAUUUGCUUGUCCACGGUCCAUUGCCUGCCUACUUGCUUGUCCACAGUCCAUUGCCUGCCUACUUGCUUCUCCACGGUGCAUUGCCUGUCUACUUGCUUGUCCACGGUCCAUUGCCUGCCUACUUGCUUGUCCACGGUCCAUUGCCUGCCUACUUGCUUGUCCACGGUCCAUUGCCUGCCUACUUGCUUGUCCACGGUCCAUUGCCUGCCUACUUGCUUGUCCACGGUCCAUUGCCUGCCUACUUGCUUGUCCACGGUCCAUUGCCUGCCUACUUGCUUGUCCACGGUCCAUUGCCUGCCUACUUGCUUGUCCACGGUCCAUUGCCUGCCUACUUGCUUGUCCACGGUCCAUUGCCUGCCUACUUGCUUGUCCACGGUCCAUUGCCUGCCUACUUGCUUGUCCACGGUCCAUUGCCUGUCUACUUGCUUGUCCACGGUCCAUUGCCUGCCUACUUGCUUGUCCACGGUCCAUUGCCUGCCUACUUGCUUGUCCAUUGCCUGCCUACUUGCUUGUCCAUUGCCUGUCUACUUGCUUGUCCACGGUACAUUGCCUGCCUACUUGCUUGUCCACGGUCCAUUGAUUGUCUACUUGCUUGUCCACGGUCCAUUGCCUGCCUAUUUGCUUGUCCACGGUCCAUUGCCUGUCUACUUGCUUGUCCACAGUCCAUUGCCUGCCUAAUUGCUUGUCCAUUGCCUGUCUACUUGCUUGUCCAUUGCCUCUCUACUUGCUUGUCCACGGUCCAUUGCCUGUCUAUUUGCUUGUCCACGGUGCAUUGCCUGUCUAUUUGCUUGUUCACGGUGCAUUGCCUGUCUAUUUGCUUGUCCACGGUGCAUUGCCUGUCUAUUUGCUUGUCCACUGUGCAUUGCCUGUCUAUUAGCUUGUCCACGGGGCAUUGCCUGUCUAUUUGCUUGUCCACGGGGCAUUGCCUGUCUAUUUGCUUGUCCACGGGGCAUUGCCUGUCUAUUUGCUUGUCCACGGUGCAUUGCCUGUCAACUUGCUUGUCCACGGGCCAUUGCCUGUCAACUUGCUUGUCCACUGUCCAUUGUCUGUCUACUUGCUUGUCCAUUGCCUGUCUUCUUGCUUGUUCACGGUGCAUUGACUAUGUCAACUUGCUUGUCCAAUGUCCAUUGCCUGCGUCUACUUGCUUGCCCAUUGCCUGUCUACUUGCUUGUCCAUGGCCUGUCUAUUUGCUUGUCCACAGUGCCGAUCGUACGCCAAGACCAUCUAUGUCCAAGACAGCGAGAACGAGUCGCUGGUGGUCAACUCAAAGAAGUUGGAGCACCUCCUGAAGAAGUCCAAGGAGAACAUGCUGGCCCUCAGGCAGAAGAACGCCGAUGCUGCAACCGAUGCGCACCUGCAAGCGGUAAGGUAG